AUGGAGAUAAGCGGGGCCUCUUCUGGAUCCCAGGUUCCGCAAACAGCCACCUCCACCCAUAUACCAGUCACAGUGGCCGGAACCCUACUCAGGGGCCCCCAGUUGCUUUUGAGGGCAACAGAGAAAUAUCCCCGCACUCCAAAGUGCGCCCGCUGCCGGAAUCACGGGGUGGUGUCGGCCCUCAAGGGCCACAAGCGUUACUGUCGCUGGAAGGACUGUAUGUGCGCCAAGUGCACCCUGAUCGCGGAGCGCCAGAGAGUCAUGGCCGCGCAAGUUGCGCUCCGCAGGCAGCAGGCGCAGGAGGAGAACGAAGCUCGGGAGCUGCAGCUGCUCUACGGGACCGCGGAGGGACUGGCCCUGGCGGCGGCAAACGGCAUCCUCCCCCCCAGGCCGGCCUAUGAAGUGUUUGGGUCGGUGUGUCCUGAGAGUAGUUCAGAAACAAAAAUCCAGAAGUUUGACCUGUUCCCCAAUACCCUCAUUUCCAGGUCUGUCACCCCUCAGCAACUGACCCCUGGUGCAAAACCGGUGACCCCGGACAGUGAAUCAGUCACUGGAAGUGCCCAGGGUGCCUCCUCUCCAGAAGGGAGGCCAGGUUCUGGUUCUGAAAAUGGGGAUGGUGAAUCCUUCCUAAGCUCCCCCAUGUCCAAAGUCAUGAAAGAAGGUGAGGAGAGCCCAAGCUCCAUCAGCCCACUGGGGUCUGAAUCUGGAUCUGAUGCAGAAAAAGAUGAGCAGGACCCAAGUUCUUCUUCUUCAGCCAGGCAGAGGACACCCAUAGACAUCCUGACCAGGGUGUUCCCCACCCAGAAGAGGAGUGUUUUGGAGCUUGUACUUCAAGGAUGUGGAGGGGAUGUGGUCCAAGCAAUAGAGCAAAUAUUGAACAACAGAGGGCAGGAAAAGGGUGAUGAAACCUGGUCUAGAGAAGCUGCCCUGCAAAGUAUCCAACCAUCAGUGUCCACCACACAUAGACCCCUCAUAGCUGGGGCCAUUACCCCUACCAUUGGGACACUAGGAAGCAGGUCUGCCUUUUCUCCACUGCAGCCCAAUUCUACCCACUUUGGAACAGAGACCAGCACCUACCAGUUGGGUGGACAUUUUGGACUGAACCCUUUAAGGUUGGCAUAUUCUGCCCACAGCAGGGGACUUGCCUUCAUGACCCCAUAUUCCACAGCAGGGUUCAUGCCCACACUAGGGUUUCGUCCCCCCAUGGACUAUGCAUUUAGUGACUUAAUGAGGGACAGGGCUAAUGUCCACAAAGACCAAGUCUACACCAAUGGGCUUUACGGUUCUGUAGUCAACAAUGCUACAGAGAAACAAUAA